CUUAAUAUUUAUGAAAAAAUUGCCAAUGUGCCAAUGUGCCAAUUCUCAGAUUUUUCUCUGAUUAUAAGUGACGUUUUAAGAACAUAUAUAUGUUGAAAUAAUAAAAUUGCAGAUUUUUAUAUCACAUCGUAUUAGUAUAAGAAUCGAUCAUUAACAAUGCCAUUAAUAGUAGGCGCGACAAUGCAAUGGGAAUCGGCGGACAAAAGUAUAGGGAAAAUCGUACUAAAGCCGGCAGUAUAUACUAAGAAAGCAACAGAACACUCCAUGUGUAACGUUCUUGUAGACAAGCUAGAUGUUAAAGGAGCAUCAAACAAAGAUUUGAUAGAAAAAUAUCAUACUGACAUUCUCAAUAGUGAGGGCGAGAAAGUGUUAAUCAUAGGAGAAGCAAGCGCAGAAAUUGAUAGAAAAAUUGAGAAUGCAAUUCAAAUGAUGAAUAUCCAUGAGAGAAGUCUUGUUACCAUCACUAUGCCUGCAAUACAAUCAGAAAUUAAUAGCGAAUCUAUAAUAGUCAAGUUUCAGAUUACAUUGAUAAAAUGUGAGCGUAAUAAACCAAUCUGGGAGUUGAAUGCAGAAGAGAAGUAUGAAAUAGCCCUAAAGUACAAAGAAAGAGGUAUUGAAUUAUUCAAGGACUUAAGAAUUACAGAUGCAUUUUACAAAUUCAGCAGAGCUUGCAAAAUUUUGAUAACAUUAGAACCAAUACCAGACUUAGAAUUAGACAAGCAAUUAGAAUCCAAUAUUAAUAAUCUGAGACUUAUGCUGUACAACAAUAUGGCUAUGUGUCAUCUAAAUCGAAAGAACUAUGAACAUACCAUUACUUUAUGUACUAAAAUAUUGGAUAAGGAUAAGAAUAAUGUUAAGGCUUUAUAUAGAAGAGGGGUGGCAUAUGGAAAUAUGAAAAAUAAUGAAAAAGCUGUAGCAGAUAUAAAGGAAGUACUUACCUUAGAACCUAAUAAUAAUGCAGCAAAAGAGAAAUUUAAUAUUUAUAACGACAGAUUACAGGAAUCAGUUCAGAGGAGCAAUGAUAUGAUAAAAAGAAUGUUUAAAACUUAUUAAUAAGUCAUUAAUAUUAUAAGUAUAUACAUUUGUUUGCUAAUUUCAGAAAUAAAAUAUAUUUAUUUUAUAAAUAGAAAAAUAUGCACGCCUCUUAUUUUUAUUCACAAUAACUUAUAAUAAUCUUAAUAUUUUACAAGUAUGUAAUAGUAUAUUUGUAUGGUGUAAAAAAAUUAAUAACAUUAAACUAAAAAGUGUUAAUUAUAUAACUUUUAUUACAAUAUUAGUAUACAAUGGCUAAAAAACAAAAGUGCAGCAAAUAUGUGUAGUGCACUCUUAAAGUUUUUUUUUUAUAAUACAGAAUUUUUGAUUGAGGUAACUUUAUUGAUAGCCGCAGUUAUAAAUUAUUCAAUGAUGUGUUUAUUUUUAACUACAUCAUAACUAUAUAAAAUAUGUAAGAUAUUAUAAGUUACUUAUAAAUAUCGAUAUUUGUAAAUGAUUUGGACACUUGAAGUUAUUUAACUCUAUUAUUAUAUUAGUUUCUAAUUAUUUUAUAAAAUUGCACAAGAGCAACUCUUCCAAUACUAAAAUUGCAGUUUGUGUUGAAAGUAUAAUACUAAAAUAUAUAUAGUGGUUUAAAUACUAAUUGUAUUUGUUUAUUAUAAACUUGGGUUAAUAUGUAUGUUAGAAUUAGUUAUUUAGAUAACUUAUAAAAUUAUAAAUAAAAACAGAUUUCUAUAAAAUUAAUAAAUUUAAUAUGUGACACAAAUAAUCUUGACAAUCCAAAAUGAAGUUUAAUGGCACCUUUAUGACCAUAUAUCUCUCCAUAAUUUUACUAUUCUACAUACAAUUAUUUUGUAUAAAGCACAAUAAGAUGAUACAUACAAAUAUGACUAUAUUAAUAACAUGAAGAUGUUUAUUCAGCUAAUAAAAUAAAUUUUAUUAAUUAAGAAUAUUUUUAGAGCUGCCUGUUUGAUGUUUAAUGAUAUUUAAUAUCUGUUAAUAAAAUUACAAGACACAAUCUACAAAAAAAAAAAAAAUUUAGAAAUUGGAUAUAUUAUGUUGUAUAUAAAGCAGCAAUGUAUUAAGCAAACGUAAUUAAAUAAACGUAAAUAAAGUCACAUUUUUCAUGUACUUCUGUAAAAUAAAUAUGUCAACAUUUCAAAGACUUUUUAACACAAACAAUUUAUAAUAAUGUUGAAAUCAUAAAGUACAAUUCUCAUUUUUGCAAUCUCAAAGAAUGUAUAAAUUAU